AUGGCUUCCAAAAUCCACCCCACGAUCAAGCUCGCAAGUGGUUAUGAAAUCCCCAAACUAGGCUUUGGUGUCUACAAGACUCCAGCAGCUGAAACAGAAGAAUGUUGUCUCGCAGCUUUUAAAGCCGGCUAUCGCCAUAUCGAUUCAGCCGCCAAGUACUACAAUGAAGCUGGCUGCGGCAACGCCAUCCGGGCAUCCGGAAUCCCACGAGAUCAAAUCUUCUUCACCUCCAAAGUGGGCGACGUGAGCUACACCCAAGCAAAAGCGCAAGUCAACAAGACCCUCGCAGAAUCAAAGCUCGACUAUAUUGACCUCAUGCUCCUUCACAAUCCUUUUGGUGGAUCCGAGAACCGCAAGGGCGGAUGGAGAGCCCUUGUCGAGGCCGUAGAGGCCGGCAAGGUUCGCUCCAUCGGCGUAAGCAAUUACGGAGUGCAUCAUCUCGAGGAGCUCCAGCAACACAUCAGCGAGCUGGAGCAGGAGCGCGGCGGAAAAGGUAAAGGCGGGAUCGUGAGUGUUAACCAGAUUGAGCUUCAUCCAUGGCUGGCGCACACCGACAUUGUGGACUGGUGCGGGAAACUCGGCAUUAUUGUCGAAGCGUACUGUCCCAUUGUGCGAGGAACUCGUUUUGAAGAGCCAUCAGUGAAGAAGCUGGCGGAGAAGUACUCCAAGACCCCUGCUCAGGUGCUUAUUCGAUGGAGUAUUGACAAGGGUUAUGUUCCGUUGGUGAAGAGUGUGACGCCGUCGCGCAUUGCUGCUAAUGCGGAAGUUUUUGAUUUUGAACUUACGCCGGAGGAGGUGCAGGAGCUUGAGACGGAUGAGUACAGCCCUGUUUCGUGGAAUCCAGUUCGUUCUAAGCUGGAGGAUUGA